AUGGCGUCCAACAGCAUCUCGGCCCUCGCAUCCCGCCUCAGCAGCCACAACAUCGCCAUCCCCCAACAGCUGCAGAACAACCCUCGCACCAUGACAGCCCUCGCGGUAGCCCUCGCCGUGUCGGUCCCGACGGCCUCAUACGCCCUCAAGAGCUACAGGGGCUACCUGGCCCUCGGGCCGGGGGGCAUGCCCUACAACCCGCUCGGCUGGGCGAUGCAGGGCCUGCUGCAGCUCAUCGCGAGCUGGGACACGCGGAGCGCGGAUCCCUUCCGCAGGCCCCGCAACCAGAAGGCCUACGAGCCGCACGGCACCACGCCGUUCCUGGCGGCGGCGGCGGGCCCCCUCCCGCGGCGGGCGGGCGACAGGCCCGACGUCCCCGGGUACGUGGCGCCGCAGCGGCAGGUCACGCAGCAGGGCGGGGCCGACACGCGGGCGCGCAUGACGGCGUUCCUGGGGCAGCUGGCGGCGCGGAACCACGGCGUGCUGGAGCUCCGGCCGUCCGGGCUCGAGGGCGCCGGCACGCCCGCGCUGUGGCUGGACCCGGCGGUACCCGCGCCGCCGGGGUACCUGUGGGCCACGCGGGGGGAGCUGGCCCACGUGCACCCCGAGGCGAGCUCGCACGUCACCGUCAGCCUCGCGGACGCGGAGGAGCUCACGCGCAAGGGCUGGGCGGAGCGGCACCGGCUCAGCGGGGUCGCCGGGCUGCCGCUCGGGUAUGUGAUGGUCUACGCGCCGAGGGACGAGGCUGAGCUUGAGGUCUGGAAGGGGGCCGUCCGGGCUGGGCUGUUGUUUGUUGCUGCUGGGGCUGGGAGGGAGGUCGUUGUUGAUGUCGAGUAG